UCUGCCUCAGCUAUGAAGUGGCUCGUCCACGCCCUUCUCUGCAUGGCCAGCCUGAUGCCCCUGGGAGCCUUCAAUGUGGAUGUGGCCUGGCCCUGGGUCACAGAGCUUAAGCCAGGUGCACCUUCUGUGCUCAGCUCCCUUCUACAUCAAGACCCCAGCACCAACCAGACCUGCCUCCUGGUAGCCAGACGCAGCUCCAACAGGAAUUCAGCGGCCCUGUAUCGAUGUGCCAUGUCCACCAUUCCAGAUGAAAUCGCUUGCCAGCCAGUAGAGCACAUCUAUAUGCCAAAGGGCAGGUACCAGGGAGUGACCGUGGUCCGGAACCACCAUGGUGUUUUGGUAUGCAUUCAGGUACGAGCCCGGAAGCUCCAAAGCCUUAACUCAGAGCUCACAGGUGCCUGCAGCCUACUGACUCCCAACUUGGACCUCCAGGCCCGAGCCUACUUCUCUGACCUUGAAGGAUUCCUGGGUCCAGGUGCAUGUGUGGACUCCGGCGGCUACUACAAAAGCAAAGGAGGUGGUACAGAGGAGAAUAAGAAAUCAGCCAGGAGACGCCGGGCAGUGGAGAAGGGAGAAGAGGACAAGCAGGACGAGGAGGAAGCUGGUGAGAAGAGGCAGACCGGGGGCACUGAGAUCGCUAUUGUCCUGGAUGGCUCAGGAAGCAUUGAACCCCAAGACUUCCAAAAGGCUAAAGACUUCAUCUCCAACAUGAUAAAGAACUUCUAUUUGAAGUGCUUUGAGUGCAACUUCGCCCUGGUGCAGUAUGGGGCUGUGAUCAAGACUGAGUUCAAUCUUCGAGACAGCCGUGACGACGCUUUGGCCUGCCUUGCCAAAGUUCAGAGCAUCGUUCAAGUGGGGCGUGUUACUAAGACUGCCUCAGCCAUCAAACAUGUCCUAGACAACAUCUUCACUCCAAGCGGUGGCUCCAGAGAAAAAGCAUUGAAGGUCAUGGUGGUGCUCACUGAUGGUGACAUAUUUCAGGACCCUCUCAACCUCACAACUGUCCUCAACGAUGCAAAGAUGCAGGGUGUGGUGCGCUUUGCCAUUGGGGUGGGCGAUGCGUUCAAUAAAAGUAAGACUUACAGAGAACUGAAACUAAUUGCCUCGGACCCCAAAGAGACCCACACUUUCAAGGUGAACAACUAUGGAGCUCUGAAUGACCUCCUGCAGGAUCUGCAACAAAGCAUCAUCUAUAUGGAAGGUGCAGUUGGAGAUGCCCUUCAGUAUCAAGUGGCACAGACUGGCUUCAGUGCCCAGAUCCUGGACAAGGGGUGGCUGCUGCUUGGCACUGUGGGAGCCUUUAACUGGUCUGGGGGCGCGCUCCUCUAUGACACACAGAAUGAUCGGGGCUGCUUUCUAAACCAGACCUCGGAGGACUCUGGAGCUGCACAGUACAGCUACCUUGGUUAUUCAGUGGCUGUGCUGCACAAGGCCCGUAGCUUGUCCUACGUGGCGGGGGCUCCAAGGCACAAACUCCGUGGGGCUGUGUUUGAGCUCCAGAAGGACAGAGAGGCCACCUUUGUUCGACAGAUGGAGGGAGAGCAGAUGGGGUCCUACUUUGGCUCUGAGCUGUGCUCUGUGGAUACCAACAUGGAUGGGAUCACAGAUAUUCUGCUGGUGGCGGCUCCAUUUUACCACAUCCGUGGAGAAGAAGGCAGAGUCUAUGUGUACCACGUGCGUGAGCAGGGUGCUUCCUUCCCCUUGGCAUUCACUCUGAGUGGGCACCCUGGGCUCACCAAUAGCCGCUUCGGCUUUGCCAUGGCAGCUGUGGGCGAUAUCAACCAAGAUAAGUUCACAGACGUGGCCAUCGGGGCCCCUCUGGAGGGCUUUGAGGCAGGCGAUGGGGCCAGCUACGGCAGCGUGUACAUCUACAACGGACACUCGGGUGGCCUGCGCGCUAAUCCCUCCCAGUGGAUCAGAGCUUCCUCUAUGGCCUUGGGACUCCACUACUUUGGCAUGUCUGUGUCCGGUGGUUUGGAUUUCAAUGGAGAUGGCCUUGCUGACAUCACGGUUGGCUCUCGGGACCAGGCAGCAGUGUUCCGCUCACGACCUGUGGUUAACCUGACUGUAUCUAUGACCUUUACCCCUGAUGCGCUGCCCAUGGUCUUCACCGGAAGGAUACAUGUAGAACUGUGUUUUAAAGUUGACUCCUCAGGCACAGCCUCUGAGCCAGGCCUUAGAGACAUAUCACUCAACUUCACGGUGGAAGUGGAUGUGAGCAAGCAGAGGCAGAGGCUACAAUGUGCAGACAUCAGCUGUCAGAGCUGCCUCAGGAAGUGGAGCGGAGGAGCCUCUCUGUGUGAACACUUGGAACUCAUCCCCACGGAGGAGCUUUGUGAAGAGGACUGCUUCUCUAACAUCACUGUCAAGGUCAGCUACAAGUUCCAGACUCCUGGGCAAAAGAGGGAUCUCUCCGACCCCAUCCUCGACUAUUACAAGAAAUCCUCUGCUGUCUUCCAGCUGCCCUAUGAGAAGGACUGCAGGAACAAAGUGUUCUGCGUCGCUGAGGUCCAGCUGGCCACCUCCAUGUCUCAGCAGGAACUUGUGGUGGGUGUCACAAAGGAGGUGACCAUGAAUAUCAGCCUGACUAACUCCGGGGAAGAUUCCUACAUGACAAACAUGGCUCUGAAUUAUCCCAGAAACUUACAGUUUAAGAGGAUACAAAAGCCGCUCUCUCCAGACAUUCAGUGUGAUGACCCCAAGUCAGUUGUUUCUGUCGUGAUCAUGAACUGCAAGAUUGGCCACCCCAUACUCAAGAAAUCAUCCGUAAAUGUCUCAGUAAUCUGGCAGCUAGAAGAGAACAUCUUUCCAAACAGGACAGCAGACAUCAGUGUGACUGUUUCCAAUUCCAAUAAGAAGUCUUUGGCCAGAGAGACCCACAGUCUUCAAUUCAGACAUGCCUUCAUUGCAGUUCUUUCCAGACCGUCCGUGAUGUAUGUGAACACGAGCCAGAGCCCUUCUGACCACAAGGAAUUCUUCUUCAAUGUGCAUGGGGAGAAUCUCUUUGGAGCUGUAUUCCAGUUGCAAAUUUGUGUUCCCAUCAAAUUACAAGAUUUCCAGAUUGUAAGAGUGAAGAAGCUGACGAAGACUCAGGACCACACUGAGUGCACACAGAGUCAAGAGCCGGCAUGUGGAAGCGAUCCUGUUCAGAGUGUGGAAAAAUGGCAUUCAGUGAUCUGUGCUAUCACAUCUAAUAAAGAAAAUGUAACGGUGGCUGCAGAGAUCUCCCUGGACCACACAAAGCAGUUACUGAGAGAUGUAACUGAACUGCAGGUCCUUGGUGAAAUAUCUUUCAACAAAUCUCUGUAUGAGGGCCUAAAUGCCGAGAACCACAGGACAAAGAUCACUGUCAUCUUCCUGAGAGAUGAGGAGUCCCAUUCUUUGCCUCUCAUCAUUGGCAGCAGUAUUGGAGGCCUUCUGGUCUUGGGUGUGAUUAUAGCCCUUUUGUUCAAGUGUGGCUUUUUCAAAAGAAAAUAUCAACAGCUGAACUUGGAGAGCACAAGGAGGACCCAGCUGAAGGCUGACAGUCUGCUCACAGAAGAUUAGCACCUUCUUCCUCACCACUUCUACUGGGAUUGAGCAUGAGCCAGUCCUGAAGCCUGGGCACCCCCCUGUCUGCCCCUCCCCCUCGUUAGGAUGAGUGUUGUUCACAACCUCGCAUUAUCCCCACAGUGUCUGUGAAUUGUACAAAAGGGAAACUUGCAACAUUUGCUAUUAAAUAAAUUUACUUUUACAGCA